AUGGCUGAGCCAAUCUACAUCAAAGAGGCAUCACAACAGAGGAAAAUCUCAAGAUCAUGGAGAAGUAUGUGUAAAGAAAUUGUUAGAACUCCUGAAUCUUGUGGGAAGCUCACUUUUCCAGUUUCAUUAAAACAGCCGGGCCCACGUGAUGUUACGAUUCAAUGUUUCAUCAAAAGGGAUAAAUCCAAUUUGACAUAUCAUCUUUAUCUGUGUCUAAGUCCAGCUGCUUUACUAGUUGAAAAUGGGAAAUUCCUGCUUUCUGCAAAAAGAACUCGAAGAACUACUUGUACUGAGUAUGUCAUCUCCAUGGAUGCUGAAAACAUUUCAAGAUCAAGCAACACUUAUAUUGGAAAACUCAGAUCUAAUUUUCUCGGGACAAAGUUUCUAAUAUACGACACACAACCACCACAUUCCGGCGUGAAUAUUCCAGCACCAGGGAGAUCAAGCCGGAGAUUUUACUCGAAAAAAGUGUCUCCAAAAAUGCCAAGUGGCAGCUACAACAUAGCCCACAUCACCUAUGAGCUCAACGUCCUCGGGACACGUGGGCCCCGCAGAAUGCACUGUGUCAUGCACUCAAUUCCCGCCUCCUCCCUCGAGCCAGGCGGCUCAGUCCCCGGUCAACCGGACCACCUCCUGCCGCCCCGCUCCUUAGAAGAUUCCUUCCGCAGCAUGUCCUUCUCAAAAUCCCUCGACCACUCCGCCGAAUUCAGCAGCUCAAGAUUCUCCGAGAUCAUGGGAGCCGCCAUUGGCACCGCCACGUCAUCCGAUGUUCCCGAGAGUGAAAGGUCCAAAAUGCCCUUGGUCUUGAAAAACAAGUCGCCUAGGUGGCACGAACAGUUGCAGUGUUGGUGUUUGAAUUUUAGGGGACGGGUGACGAUCGCGUCUGUUAAGAAUUUUCAGUUGAUCGCCGCCACACCGGUGGCCGGACCGUCUCAGCCGCCACAACCGCCGCCACCGCCGCCGCCACCGGAGCAUGAUAAGGUGAUCUUGCAGUUUGGGAAAGUUGGGAAAGAUAUGUUUACAAUGGAUUAUCGGUACCCUUUAUCUGCGUUUCAAGCUUUUGCCAUAUGUUUAAGCAGCUUUGACACCAAAUUAGCUUGUGAAUAGACAAAUUUAACCUUAGUGGAAUGGGGAAAAAAAUAGCGAUGUAUUUUCUUUGGUGUCUAUUUUGUGUGUGUGUAGUGUUGUUGAAAUUAAAAACUCGAUUUACAACUGUUUGUCUACUCUUGUUCACAACUAAAAGAUUCUUGU